AUGCAAGCGGCCAAGGCCAUGGGAUGGCUGACCACGGCGAAGCUGAUUGCGGAGGCCACCGAGCUACGCAAGACCAUAAAUGCGGAAAACCUCUACAGAUUCCAGUCGAUCUACGGACUUUGCAAGGACCAUCAGACCUCCUGGGUCCAGCUGGCGAUCGAUGUUUCCCUCAGGGAUCGCGGAGAACAAGUGUGGACCCUUCUGCAGGGAUGGAUCGGAUCAGCUGCGCUUCAUACCAUGGGCUGUCGCCUCCGCAGAGAGCGAGGGGACAUGAUGCUGGGCGACGAGUCUUUUCUGAUCUCGAGGUCCAUUGUGGCCCGUGCUGAUGGGACCAAUGCAGCAGCUUUCCAGAGAGUGACUCCUGAUGAUCAGUGCGGUACUGAUUGCUUGAUGAUUGGUGACUAA